UGGGUUAGUCUAGAGUUGAGCGGAAUGAAAGUGGCGCGCGGUCGCUGACAGUAGCCCGGGUCGGGGCUGCUCGGGUUCGGACGCUGGCCGGGAUUCGGGUGCCUCGGACCUCGGGUGCAGAGCGAACCGCGAGGAGGCGGCGGCGGAGGCGCGGCGAGCGUUGGUGGAGGGGGCGGCUGUGCGCGGCCCCAAGACAUGGCUCACAACAAGAUCCCGCCGCGGUGGCUGAACUGUCCACGGCGAGGCCAGCCGGUAGCAGGAAGAUUCUUACCUCUGAAGACAAUGUUGGGACCAAGAUAUGACAGUCAAGUUGCUGAAGAAAAUCGGUUUCACCCCAGUAUGCUGUCGAAUUAUCUAAAGAGUCUGAAGGUUAAAAUGGGCUUGUUGGUAGACCUGACAAAUACUUCAAGGUUCUAUGACAGAAAUGACAUAGAAAAAGAAGGAAUCAAAUAUAUAAAACUUCAGUGUAAAGGACAUGGUGAGUGUCCUACAACGGAGAAUACUGAGACAUUUAUUCGUCUCUGUGAGCGGUUCAAUGAGAGAAACCCACCUGAACUUAUAGGUGUUCAUUGUACCCAUGGUUUUAAUCGCACUGGUUUCCUCAUAUGUGCCUUCUUGGUGGAGAAAAUGGAUUGGAGUAUUGAAGCAGCAGUUGCUACUUUUGCUCAAGCCAGACCACCAGGAAUUUAUAAGGGUGAUUAUUUGAAAGAACUUUUUCGCCGCUAUGGUGAUAUAGAGGAAGCACCACCCCCACCUCUAUUGCCAGAUUGGUGUUUUGAGGAUGAUGAAGAUGAAGAUGAGGAAGAAGAUGGAAAAAAGGAAUCAGAACCUGGGUCAAGUGCCUCCUUUGGCAAAAGGAGAAAAGAACGAUUAAAACUGGGUGCUAUUUUCUUGGAAGGCGUAACUGUGAAAGGUGUAACUCAAGUAACAACUCAACCAAAGUUAGGAGAAGUACAGCAGAAAUGUCAUCAAUUCUGUGGCUGGGAAGGGUCUGGAUUCCCUGGAGCACAGCCUGUUUCCAUGGACAAGCAAAAUAUUAAACUUUUGGAGCAGAAGCCAUAUAAAGUAAGCUGGAAAGCAGAUGGUACUCGGUAUAUGAUGUUGAUUGAUGGCACAAAUGAAGUUUUUAUGAUUGAUAGGGAUAAUUCAGUGUUUCAUGUUUCAAAUUUGGAAUUUCCAUUUCGUAAAGAUCUCCGUAUACAUUUAUCAAACACUCUUUUAGAUGGGGAAAUGAUUAUUGACAGAGUAAAUGGACUGGCUGUUCCUAGAUAUUUGAUAUAUGACAUAAUUAAAUUCAAUGCACAACCAGUUGGAGAUUGUGAUUUUAAUAUUCGUCUGCAAUGUAUAGAACGAGAAAUAAUAAGUCCUCGACAUGAAAAGAUGAAGGCAGGACUCAUUGACAAAACACAGGAACCAUUUAGUGUCAGAAACAAGCCAUUUUUUGACAUCUAUACUUCAAGAAAGCUACUUGAAGGAAAUUUUGCCAAAGAAGUCAGCCAUGAAAUGGAUGGACUUAUUUUCCAGCCCACUGGUAAAUAUAAACCUGGUCGAUGUGAUGAUAUUUUGAAAUGGAAACCCCCUAGUCUGAAUUCUGUUGAUUUUCGCCUAAAGAUAACGAGAAUGGGCGGAGAAGGGUUACUUCCUCAGAAUGUUGGCCUUCUUUAUGUUGGAGGUUAUGAAAGACCCUUUGCACAAAUCAAGGUGACAAAAGAGCUAAAACAGUAUGACAACAAAAUUAUAGAAUGCAAAUUCGAGAACAACAGCUGGGUCUUUAUGAGACAGAGAACAGACAAAAGUUUUCCUAAUGCCUACAACACUGCCAUGGCUGUGUGUAACAGCAUCUCAAACCCCGUCACCAAGGAGAUGCUGUUUGAGUUCAUCGACAGGUGUGUGGCAGCUUCUCAAGGACAGAAACGAAAGCAUCAUCCGGACCCGGAUGCAGAGCUGAUGCCCCCACCACCUCCCAAAAGACCUCGCCCCUUGACCUAAGCCCUGCCUCCGACUUCGGAUUGAGAGGAAACACGAGUGAGAAAAAAUGCUGUUGCCCUGUUUUUUUGCAGCCAGAGAAA